UCUUCUUCGCCUUUGCACAAAGGGAAGAUGGAGCCCGCGGGAGGGAAAGAGGAAGAAGCCGGAGGGGGGAGGCGGCUGGGAAGAGCGAGCCUCGGGAGGGGAGAGGCGUGCGCGUGUCAGAGGGAGUGAGAGAGAGCCGAAGAUCAGCAACCCAUCGGCCACGGGGGUGAUGGGAGCUGUAGUCCCCCUACGUUGGGAAGGCUCCCCGAUCGUUUUAGCGCUUGGCCACUUGGCUGAAUGGAUUGCAACAGGGAAGCGCGGAGAUGUGCGUGGCACACCCUGCAGAACAGGGAUGCUCAAAGGUGACCCAGGCAAACAGGAUCGUGGGAACGGUUCGUUUGGUUCGGAAGCAUCCCUGAGAGGCUGAUUUGAACCCGCAAUCUUCUCCCUUACAAACCGUGAAAAACAGCCUUGUCCAAAAAGGGAAGCCAUAUGUGAAAUAACGGGCCUGCUGAAAAAGUUGAGAACAGGCUGAACGAAAAACCGGUGACAUCUUUCCGAAGAAUUUUUAAUGAAGAUGUUCAGAUGUCCAGGAUGAGUCAAAAGGAAGAUCUGGAGAAGUUGCAGGCUGGCAUUGUUCUUUUUGACCCGGAUAGAGUUAAAAAGGAAGAGGAAACCAUCACAUUGGACCAGACCAAAGAUCUUGAAGGCAAAAGUUAUGUGCCUGAGGUAAAAGGUGAGGACCAUCGAUGGAAACCCGAGGAAAGGGCAGCUGAAGAGAACGGGUGCAACAUUGUUGUGCACAAAGAACCCGUGAAAGGUGCCCAAGACCUGUGGAGGCCUCAGAGGAACUCUCUGGAAAAGACUGCAGCUAACUCCGUUUCUUCCUGGGGAAGUGAACUCCCCAGACGGGAGGGACUCCGCGUAGGCGAAUGGCAGAAGAGUUCGCUCGGCAGCACAGCUCAAGACAAGCAGGCCAUAUACCAGUGCUUGUACUGUAAGAAGUCCUUCAACGCCCACUUUAAAUUGAUUAGACACCACAGAAUCCAUACUGGGGAGAAACCGUACAGGUGUUUGGAUUGCGGGAAGAGCUUUGACCAAAAAGGCAACCUCAUCGCGCACGCGAGAAUCCACACAGGGGAAAAACCGUUUGUGUGUCCCGAUUGUGGGAAAAACUUCAGCCACAAAGGGAGCCUGGUUUUGCACGUGAGGACCCACACGGGAGAGAAACCUUACAAAUGCCCGGACUGUGGGAAAGGGUUCAGCCGAUCUGGGUCCCUGAAAGAACACGAGAAGACUCACACCGGCGAGAGACCAUACACUUGCUUGGACUGCGGGAGAAGUUUCAGAAAGAACUCCGAGCUGGCCACCCAUUACAGGUUUCACACAGGCGAGAAGCCGUAUAAAUGUUCAGGCUGUGAGAAGUCCUUCAGCACCAGCUCUAACCUCAUUGCCCAUCAAAGGACUCACACUGGGGAAAAGCCCUACAAAUGCUGUGACUGUGGGAAAAGAUUCAGCCAGGCCGGAAACCUGAAAGAACACGAGAGGACUCAUACCGGAGAGAAGCCGUACAAGUGUCCAGACUGUGGGAAAAGCUUCAGGCAAAUUUCUUACUUUAUGAAGCAUCACCAGACUCACCUGCCGGAAGGGAAAAUGCCAAUGGAGGAGAAACCCUAUAAAUGCUCUGACUGCGGGAAAGGCUUUGGAGAGAAAGCAAGCCUGGGCAGGCACGAAAGAAUCCACACGGGAGAGAAACCGUUUAAAUGCUCUGAUUGCGGGAAGAGCUUCUGCCUCAAAUCAAACCUGGUUGUCCACGUGAGAAUCCACACCGGAGAGAAACCGUACAAAUGCUCCGAGUGCGGGAAGUGUUUCAACCAGACGUCAAGUCUUCAUAAUCACGAGAGAACCCACAAGGGGGAGGAGCCCCAUAAAUGUUUAGAAUGCGGGAAAAGCUUCAACAGGCCGUCGCAGCUGAAGACGCACGAGAGAAUCCACACCGGAGAGAAACCCUUCAAGUGCUCGGAAUGCGGGAAAGGCUUUGUUUACAGUCACCAUCUUGUUAGGCACCAGAGGAAUCACACGGAAGAGAAACCUUACAUCUGCUCCAAAUGUGGAAAGGGGUUUAGCCACAAAUCCACCCUUAUUAGACAUCAGGGAAUCCAUAAGGAAGGGAAAAAAUAGAUACAUUUUUUGACUUUGCAUCUUCCACGUGUGUGAAAACUCGUACAGAAGUCAGAACCGCACCCAUAAGAGAUCCAGGAUGUGGACAACCAAUUUUCUGCCCUGACCAGAGAACUAGAACUAGACCAGGGGUAGGCCACCUUGGCUCUUUUAUGACUCGUGGACUUCAACUCCCAGAAUUCCUGAGCCAGCUAUGGCUCAGCUUGGAAACCUCUCCCUUUCCCCUCAGCAUGACUGGCUCGGGAAUUCUGGGAGUUGAAGUCCACACAUCUCUGAUAAAGAGACUAAAAUCAUAAUGAUGGUUAUUAUGAAAAGAUAAAAGAUUUAAAUCAGAAGGUAUACUGUAUAUAAUGGGGCUCUUUUAUGACUUGUGGACUUCAACUCCCAUGUUCAUAUGGUUUUACCAGGUAAAAUGUAUGUGUCUGCCUCUUCCUCCAUUUCCAACUUCAACAAUUCUGAAAGGGGAGAAAGAUGAGAGGAGAGAGAUCAGAAUCCCAUCACCCCCAAUUCGAGCUUAUAAGAGUUUACAGGUAGUCCUCGACUUACAACCGUCGUUCGAAGUUACAACGCAAGGGUAGGCCACCUUGGCUCUUUUAUGACUCGUGGACUUCAACUCCCAGAAUUCCUGAGCCAGCCUGGCUCAGCUUGGAAACCUCUCCCUUUCCCCUCAGCAUGGCUGGCUCAGGAAUUCUGGGAGUUGAAGUCCACGAGUCAUAAAAGAGCCAAGGUUGCCUAGCCCUGAACUAGACAGAUGUUUUGUCAGAUCCAGGAGGACCCUUCAAAAUGUUCUCCCUCACGGUGGUUAGUGAUUGAUCUUUGGAGAGCUUGAAGAUACCGCACCAAGUCUCCUGUUUCCAUAAUUCAGACUCAGACUUUUGAAAAGGCACCUGGACUUCCUUAGCUUUUUUUCCUUGAAAACGUUUCGCUUCUCACCCAAGAAGCUUCUUCGGUUCUGACUUGAAUGGUGGAGAAUGGAAGGACUUAUCUUCUUUGCAGUCAUCUGAUGGGUCAUUAGCACCUUUGAGACAACCGUGACCUGGAUGAUUGACAAACGCUACAGGCAAUUUGAGUAUCUGAACAUGCAGUUAAGGUAACGCCACCUCCGUGGAAAGAGGAGGGGAGGUUAAGCCCAGCAGGAGAUCCCUGUUUGAAGAAGUACAGAAAUCUCCUUGGAAGUGGGAGAUAUCCAGGAAAACCCUACCUCUAAAACAGCUGAAUGAGAACUAAGCAUACUUGGUGAUUAUUGGGGAUACUAGUGGGACGGUAUAGAGCAGUGGUGGUGAACCUAUGGCACGGGUGCCAGAGGCGGCAUGCAGAGCCCUCUCUGUGGGCACGCACGCCGUCGCCCCAGUCCUAGGCCUUCAGCUGAGUUUUAUAGAACCUUUUCA